UUUAUUUAUUUAUUUAUGAAUCAGCCUUAAUUUUAGGCACUCCCUUCAUAUGAUAAUUUGGAUAUGAUAAGGAAGACCUUUCCACCAUUGGAACAUAUAAAUUUUGAACAUGAAUUUAAGAAUUUGGAUAAAAGCAAAUAUUUCAUCAUUCGUACUUAAGGUGAAGAUAAUGUGCAUAGAGCCAUGAAAUAUGGUAUAUGGACCAGCUCUUCUCGAAAGAAUGAACGUUUGAAUGAAGCAUUUUCAUAGGGAGAUGUUUAUCUCUUUUUUACUGAAAUAAACAGUCUUUGCUUUAGUGGGAUGGCCAAAUUGACUACAGGAUUUGAUUCUAAAUCGCAUUUUAAAUAUUGGUUAAUUGAAAACAAAUGGUUUGGCUUAUUCUAAAUAAAAUGGUUAUAUGUAAAGGAUCUUCCUUUUAAAUUAUUUGAGAAUAUCAAACAAAUCCAAAAAUUUGAAGGAAGUGACGAAACAGUUAAAUCAGUUUAUGAUUUGAUCGAUUGCACUGAGUUAACUUUAGAGAACGGAAUCAAAAUGAUUGAGAUUUUUAAGAACGAGGAAUCCAAGAAAAGUUUAUUCGAAGACUUUUCCUAAUUAGAUAAAUUAGAAAAUCAAAGUAGAUAAUAAAGAGAUUCCAAUCCAAAUUUUGAAAAGAAGUUUCAAGAAUUAAGAGCAGUGUUUGAAACAAUCCCCUAUUCAUUUUCUGCUGCAUCAUAUGAGAGAAGACAACAACGUAAACCACAAUAUGGAUAUUACAAUUAUGGGUAUUAUCAAUAACCUUAAUAUUGGUAAUCAAAUAGUGGAUUCUAUUAAUAAGAAUAAUACUAACAAUAUCCAUAUUAAUAAUAUCAAAACAAAUAUUAAGAUUAAACUGAUUAAAAAUACAAUAAGAAAGAGACUUAACAGGCUGUUAAUUUAGAGGAUAAAUUUGAGAUGUAAUAAAAUAGGAAAUAUAAAUAUGAUAAGAAGAAAAGAUUCAAUAAUCGUAAUAACUAAUAGAUUGAGUAUGUUUAAAAGUAUCAAUAAGAAACAAUAGUAUAGUAAAACAUAUGA